GUCGAAUGCUGAACCAGGCACCCGCAUCUUCCGGUUCCUUAGAACACUAGACUCUGACACGACCAAGUCUGCGUGAACCACCACCUUUGGGCUCCCCUUUCAACGCUUGACCGUUUUUGAUUGCUGCCGGAAAACUUAAUCCACGGGCCUGAGCUGAGCGCGGCGCGAGAGCGCAGCCAGAGCGCACAGCCAUGGAGAGAGUUCCGCCUUCUCUACGGACGGCAUCUCCCACCACCGCUAGGAAGACCUCGGUCGAUCAGAUACCAUCGGCUCUUCGCGUCGGGUCUCCAAUUGUCGAGCAAGGGACAACCCCAAUGCAACAGCGACCAUCAUCCCUCAGACGACAGAAUACAUCAGGCUCCGAAAGGCUGGUUUCGCAGCUGUUCCCCUCCCGUCCGCCGUCAACCAUAUCCUCUGCCAGCCCGGACUGGCCGUCUUCGAGACGAACUUCGUACCCUUCCCCGCUUGUACCUGCCGCAGAUACCUCGUACCGACCACCACGUCCUCCCGCUCCCCCGUCAUUCCCAGAGGACACUUCCUAUGUCUCUAGUCCUGACCUUUUCGAUCAACACCAUGUUCCUCCUCUGUCACGAGAGAGUAGUACAAAACGUAUCCUCAACCGCUUCACUUCAUUCCGGUCCAGGGGUCGGGAAUACAAUAAGCUUAAGGAUGAAGAAGGUGUCCAGGCUAGGGGGCGGUUAGGGGAGGUCGAGGAGGUGGAUGAGCCGAUAGGAUGUGAUAUAAGUGGAUAUGAUAGCCUGCCGAUGCAAAAGUUCGAGCCGAUGAGGCCAAAGAACACCGCCGGUUUCGCUCAACAACAUGGAGACGUCAGCGAGGCUGGAUAUGCGGCCCAGUAUGCAGCAGAAUACCACAGGUUGGAAAGCCAGCUUGGAGCCGGCAUGAGCUCUAUCGUCGAAGUCCCCUUCACGUAUAAGCCAGAAGCUUCUCAACCAAUAGCAACCCACAGACGCGGACCAUCGUCUGGUGCAGCUGUCGACUUUGCAACGGGUAUUGCCGCUCAGAGGAAAGCGGAGAAAACCGGUGAUAUAGUCGCAGUUUCAGAGAUACCCGUCGACAUAUCCGAAACCUUUGGAGGCACUGAUAUAGAGACUCGCAGCGUGACGAGUACCAAUAAGAAUAGCGGCCCCGGUUCAAAGACCAGCUACUACUUUCCGCCGGAUCCUGACAUGCCCGCGUGGAGACCAUUCUCCAUGGGUUGGCCUUGGUUAUCCAUGCUUGUCAUCAUAGCGCUCUUUCUCGCCGGCCUCCAAGAGUAUCUAUGCCAGCUUUCCCUAAAGCGAUCCAGGGAGGAUCCCGAAGGAGGCCUGAUUAAAUUCAAGAAACCACAGGAGUUGUCCGUUGCGGAGUAUUUCACCUGGAAAUAUGCUCCCGUACUCUUCUUCGUCAUCUACGGUAUCAUGUGGCAAGUCACGGAUUUUGAAGUCAAACGGCUGGAACCCUUUUACCAGCUAUCAAAGCAGACGGGCGCGACGGCUGGAGAGUCGCUGAAUAUGGACUAUCUUACCUUCAUGUCCUGGCUCGUGCCACUUCGGGCUCUUCGUCAUAAGCAAUAUGCCGUUAUAUACGUGUCGCUCUCAACUCUGGUUGCUGGUAGUCUAGUACCAGUCUUGCAAUCGGCUUCAGUGAACGUCUAUCCCCCAAAGAAGGAGCGCAAAACAGACGACUGGAAGUCUAUCCGCAUUGAUCCUCCAUGGUCAAGGGCGGUUACGGCAUGCCUCAUCUUCGUCGCGAUUUGCGGUUGUGUGCUCAUCUACGAGAUGCGGCGCAAGAGCGGUCUCCUCUCAGAUCCCAAAGGAAUCGCCGGUGUCGCAGCAAUGGCUACAAGAAGUCACAUUCUGACAGAUUUCCAAGGCCUCGACACUGCGCCAUUGCACAAGAUUCAUAAGCAGCUCCGACAUCGACGGUACAUUCUUCACAAGAGUUCUUUAUGGCAGGGUGAAUAUAUUAGCAGCAAAGAGAAGAUCCGCGAGCACGGCACCGACCCUAGGCCAGUAAUGCUUCGGCUGCGAGCCGGCGUGCCGUACAUAUGCUUCAUCAUAUGCUUCUCGGUCUCAAUACCCAUCUUCAUCUUCGUCGAAGGCGCGAACAAAGUGACGGAAACGCUUCCUUGGUUACUUACCGCCUUGGCCAUCCUCAUCAAACUCUUGUGGGGAACAAUGAACUGCAACAUCCGUAUGCUCGAACCCUUCCACAUCCUCUCCCGCCGCUACGCGCCCGCCAGAACCCUGACCCUCGAUUACACCGGCACAAACCCCAUCUUCCUCCCCUUCAAAGCCCUCCUCAACAAACACUACCUCGUCGCCCUCGUCGGCUGGGGUUCCAUCCUCGCUGAAAUUCUAACCGUGUGCGUCUCGUCCUUCUCCGUCGACGGAAAGCGCUUCAUCCCCGGCCACGGUGUAGACGACGAAGACGACGGCAUCGACGACUCGCGCGCCAACACGGACGAAACGUUCCGCAGCUUCUGGAUCUCCUUCUCCCUCGUCAUGGGCAUCCUCUUCGCGCUCGUCUGCAUCGCCUGCCUCGUGUACGUCAAGCGGAGCCACAAGUUCAUGCCCCGGCAGAUCGGCACCAUCGCCUCCGUGCUCGCCUUCAUCCACCAGUCCAAGAUGCUCGUCACGUUUGUCGAUACGGAGAAGUUCAAUAGUUGGCAGAUGACGCGGUAUUUGGAGAAGCAGGGGAAGACGUAUGGUCUCGGCUGGUAUUCGGGGAGGGAUGGUGAUAGUUAUUGUGGGAUUGAUGAGGAGCCGAUACUGGCGAGUUAUAAGUAUGGGGUGGAUUUUAGGGAUGGGAGGUUGUUGCCGAAUCAGGCGGGGUCGUGGCAGUAUUUGGAGGGAUAGUUUGUUGGAUUGAGGGUGAGGUGUGGGAUGCAUUUUGGUGGUCUUGGGAUUUUGCUAGGGUUUCGGAGGAUUUUGUGUUGGUAU